GUCACUGUGUCACACUAAAGAAUUAUUUUGUAAAAAUAGCCGAUUGCAUGGCUAUGAAGUAUAAACUAUGAGUGUGCUAAAUUUAUUCUGUAACUCAAUUGUUGUUCAAAAAUAUAAUCGUUUAUAGACAACUGAUUUAAUCAAUAUAUCCUUACUAGCAAUAGUUUAUUUCUUACAUGAUUGUAACACAUAUAAUAUCAAUAUUACCGGAAAAAUAGGAAUUCACCACUCACACAUGUAUUUCGGUGUAAUUGAGUAUUUGCCACUCUCUACAGCUAUGAAUUUGCCACUCAAAAGAAUCGUUACAGCUAUGAAUUUUCAUUUCCCCUUAAUAUCCGACAACACGAAUUCAUCUUCAAAGUUAACUGUGCUUGGCCGCCCCUCCUGAUUUUCCAACAGCAUAUUCGUCUUUAGUUCCUUUCGUAUUGAUUUUCUUAACAAUCUCCAAGGAAAGAUAUUGUUCUUGCUCGCCGGCAUUAAAUUUAAUAACCCCUUUUGACAAAAAUAAAGGUUUCACUUUUACUACGAACUUUGUAUUAGUAAAUUAGCACACCAAUAUUCCCCUUAAUGCUCUUAUUCAGCAUUGGGUGCAUUGCCAUAUUUAGACAGUUCUAGCUACGGUAAACAACAGUUCAUCAUGGACCUGCCAUGCUGAUUUUCUAACAUAAGAUUCCUUCUUAGUUCCUCUCAUACCAUUUCUAUUGUAGAUGACUUAACAAUCUCAAGAAAAAGGUGGGCGGCUCAUAUAUUCGCACUCGCCGCCCAUGUGCGCCAAAUCCUCCUUUAAAAGGUGGGAUAUAUUCCCUGACCAUGAAGCAGCCAAGGAAGGAUGGCAACAGCAGCCACGGAGACAGUAUCCAGCAGCUCCCGGAGGAAUGCGUAGUGCUGGCCAUCGGUAUGACCACACCAGCCGACGCCUGCCGCGCCGCCGCAGUGUGCACCGCCUUCAGGUCAGUGGCGGACUCCGACAGUGUGUGGGAGCGGUUCCUACCAUCGGACUGCGACGCCAUCCUCGAGCGGGCUGUCCAUCUUGUGGAUUUCUCCUCCAAGAAAGAGCUAUUCUUGGACCUCGCCCAAGAACAGAUCCUCCUCGGUGAUGGAAAAAUGAGUUUUGGGCUCCAGCGAAGCUAUGGCGCAAAAUGCUACAUGCUGUCUGGAAGCAGACUACUGGAUAUCGCUUGGAUCUGUGAAAAUAUUUACUGGACAAAGAGGUCAGACCCGGAUUCAAGGUUCUCCAAGGUGGCAGAGCUUCUGUCAGUCUGCUGGUUUUGCAUCAACGGCAGCAUCAACAGCAGGGAGCUCUCUCCCGGUACCCACUAUGCUGGCUACCUCGUCUUCAAGCUCACCCAGGAUGCCUCUGGCCUCAGCUCCCCACGCCAGAUAUCGUUUGUGGAGGUAGGCGGGCAGCUGGUGGGGAGCGCCCACACUGUUUCUCUCCAUCCUUGCGAGCAUGCUUCCUGCAGCCUCAGCGAUGGUGGCAAAACAUUGGAGCCACACGAGCACAAGGAGGAAGGAGGCGCUCUGGUCAGGUACCCACGGCAGAGGGUCGACGAUUGGCUGGAGCUAGAGAUGGGUGACUUCCAUACAGACACAAGUUAUGAUGCUGAGGAUGUUAAAAUGGAACUGCACGAGUUUGAGGAGCUGGAGUGGAAGAAGGGGCUCAUCAUUGAAGGCAUUGAAAUAAGGCCUAAGAAUUAAUUGAUAUGGUGAUUAGAUAUCCAUAACAUAUCUACGAGGAUUGGGCUCCCUUACCAAGAAAUUUAUGUCCCGAUUGGGUGAUGAGCGAGUAAGAGCAUGGUUAAUGUUUUAUUAGACUUGGACUCCUCCUGACAUAUUUUACUGUGCAACAACUAAAUAAUUGACAGUUCUG